AUAAUCUAGAUUUAAAAGAAGAUCAUUUAUUCAUUCAAAAUUAACAUAAACAGCAAAUAAAAAGUUAGCCGGUAUUUACUAAGCAAUCAAACAAACAAACAAAACAAAUAUGAGAGGAUUUUUCAGAAUGGGUUUUAACAUGGCUAGAAAGUAGCCUUUAAGAUCUUGGGCUGUUCCACUUGCCUUAAGUGCAGCAACAGGGUUAAGCUAUUCAGUUUAUGCAGAAACUUAAUAAUAAAAUCAAUAGCAUAGCAGUAGUUCAGUUGUUAAUUUAAACCCUAUUAAGCAUUCAUCAGCUGAGCCUUUGAUCAAGCUUAAGACUAGACAAGAUCAUUUGGCAGAUAUUUAAAAAACAGAAGAGUAUGAUAUUAUAGUAAUCGGUGGAGGUUGCAAUGGCGCUGGAGUAUUCCUUGAAGCAGCAAAUAGAGGAUUAAAAUGUUUACUUGUUGAGGGAGGUGAUUUUGCUGCAGCUACUAGCUCUAAGUCUACCAAACUCAUUCAUGGUGGUAUCCGUUACCUUUAGGAGGUCUUUGAGUUUUCUCUUAAGGGUGGUAGAAUAGAAAAGUACAAUUUAGUGAAGGAAGCUUUAAGAGAGAGAACUCACUUCAUAGAGAAUGCUUAUUACAUGAACAGACAAAUUCCUUUUGUUGUUCCUACAACAAACUUGAUUAUGGGAAUAUACUACUACAUAGGAGUUCUGGUAUAUCAUGGUAUUUACAGAUAUUAUUUAGAUUCAGACAAGAGCUCUUUCAGAAUGAAAAUGCCUUAAUGGUAUGGAGGUAGAUAGCUUAGAGAAUACUUCCCUCAUUUAGAUCAUAAAUAUAAAUACGGUAUAGUCUACUAUGAUGGUUAAUUUAAUGACACUAGAAUGAAUUUAGAUAUUCUUUUAACAGGAACUUAGCAUAAUUACAACGAGAAUUUCUAAGAAGGAAAUAUUCUCAACUAUGCAGAGGUAACACAAUUGAUUAAAGACCAAAAAACAGGAGAAAACAAAGGAAUCGUUUUUAAGGAUAAAAUUAAUGGAAAAGAUAUUUCAGUUAAAGGUAAAUGCAUUGUAAACUGCACAGGAGCUUUUGCAGAUAAUAUUAGAAAAAUGGAUGAUCCUUCAUGCCAAAAGAGAAUUUUAGCUGUUGCAGGAUCUCACAUGACUAUGCCUGCUUCAUUCUGUUCUAGAAAGCACGCUUUAGUGAUUCCUGAAACUCAAGAUGGAAGAAUAUUAUUCUUAGUCCCUUGGUAAAACCAUGCAGUUGUUGGAACAACAGAAAGAGCUCUCGAUGAGCCUGAAUUAGAUCCAACAGUUUCAGCAUAGGAGCUUAUUUUUAUGUCUGAAGAAGUUGGAAAAAUCUACUCUAAUUUACCAUCCUCAGAAAUAACUAACAAUAUCAAUAGCAAAUGGGCAGGUCUUAGACCACUUAUUCUGUAAAAUUAAAAAGAAGGCGAGCCCAUUGAUACAAAGAAAAUAGCUCGUACUCAUGUCAUUGAAGUUUCAAAGAAUGGAUUAGUAUCAUUGAUGGGAGGUAAGUGGACUGUUUAUAGAUGCAUGGGAGAAGAAACAGUAGAUAAAAUUUUGGAAAUCUUUAAAUAAAAAGGAAUUAAAUAUAAUGAGAAUGCAGCAAAGAAAUCUAGUUUGAAUUUGAGACUUUUGGGUGAAGCUAAUUAAAAUGCAAAUUACAAAUUCCCCCCUAAAAAUUAAUAUGUUAAGAUUUAUGCUAGUGCUUUAGCUGAUAAGCAUCAAAUUGAAUACAAAGAAGCUAAAUAUUUAAUUAAAAAUUAUGGCCAAAGAGCUUUUGACAUUCUCAAUUUAGCUGAAAAUCAUACUAAAAAAGAUUAUUUAAAAUAAAGAGUUCAUCCUAAUCAUCCUAUUUUAAAGGCAGAAAUUCUCUAUCACUUAAAAUAUGAAAUGGCUUAACAACCUAUUGACGUUCUCUUUAGAAGAACCAGAUUUGGGUUCAUUGAUAGAAAGGGCAUGUUUGAAUCUUUAAAAACAGUAUGUGAUAUUUUUGCCGACGAGCUAAAGUGGGACGAAGCAAAAAAGCAAAAAGUGAUUGAGUAACAAAAAGAAAUAAUGAGAAAAAUGGAUUUCUGAUUGAAUAGUUAAAAUAAAUAGUUAAUAUUAAUUUAUAAAGGAAAAUAGUUAAUUAAUUAUAAAAGAAACCAAAGAAAAAUUUGAAUUAUUAAAAUAACUUAAAAUUGAUUAAUUAAUUAAUGAUUUAUGUACAUAUGCCAUUUUUUUUCAUUAAUAAUUCUCUCAAAAUUUUAAAUUCAAUCUUUUAACAAAUAAAUAAAUUAAAUUAAAGCAAAAAUAAAUUGCUUUUUGAUAUUUGCAUUUAUAUUUUAUAUAGGUAGAUUA